AACGCACAUCCCGCCUCCCAUUCACGCUCGACACGCACAAGACUCUUCGCCUUGGUCGCAGGGCACAGUGAUGCCUCUUAUUUCAUAGAGAAAUCCGCAUGAUGUCUUGACACCUCGACCAGCGGAGGCAGACAGGCAGGCAGGCAAUCAGGCGCUGGCCCCAAAUGUCCACCAAAGCAGGGCCAGCAUCGUCGUCUACUUCAUCCACAAGAACACUCACCACCACCACCCGCCGCCGCCACGAGCCAUCCUCAGCAGACAGCCAUGGCCCACCCGCCAUCACAUUUGCCGUUGCCGACGACGUCGUCAGCGUGGCCGUCGUGCACAACCCGCAGACCUGCCCGGAGCCGUUUGACCCGCCGCGCCUCGUGAUCCGCGAGCUCCUGCGUACGCGCUACGCCGCCCCCGGCGCGAUCCUGCUCGUCGAGGCCAUCGACACAGCCUGCACCUCGGCCACUGGGCGCUGGCGCACCGUCCGCCUGCUCCUCGGCGACGGGGAGCUGUGCAUCCAGGCCCUCCUCGCGGUCGGCCUGCACCGCUACGUCGACACCGCCGAGGUCGCGGUGGGCACGUACCUGAGGCUUGACGAGUUCAAGCUCGUGUACAGGACUGUGGGGGGCUCGUCGGCGAGUAGUGCUGCUGCUGCUGCUGCUGCUGCUGCUAGUAAAAGCGGUGCUCAGGCACGCCGAGACGGAGAUGAGCCCUCAAAGCCGGUGGACGGAGACCGGAGGAAGAAGAAGAAGACGACGACAAGGGAAAAGGCGUCGGGCAAGAUGGCGUGCCUGAUUAUUGAGAACAUGGUGCCCAUCGGCUGGAACAGAAGCCUGAUCGCCAUGGCGGAAGGAUGGAGUGCCCAGGCGGCUGUCUCAGCGUCAGACGAGCAAACCCUGGAACCAGACGAGAUGGGUACCGAGCGUUCUCAAGCUGAUCAGGCCGCCACAAGCCUACCCACCUCUCUUGCUGAAGAGCAUGGCAAUGCGCUCCAUAAAUCACACCCAACUGAAAGCAGCAUCCCUACCGCAGAACAUGUCACAGAAGACGCCUUAGUGCUCGAGGCCCUGGCGGAUGCACAGUACAUGGAGGAUGAUGGUGACAAAGACCUUGACGACGAUGACUUCGAGGUCAUGCCCACCAGCCAGCGUCGCACCAAUUCAAAGCGAGGAUCAAAUACACAUGAUUUCCCCGCCCGCAGAACAGACAAUGCCAAAUAUCCAGACCAACUCCCACAGCCAGGAACAAAACCCGGCGGCCUCCCCCCUGCUCCUCCCCCUCCUUCUUUUGAACUUCGUCAACCUUCAACCACCAUAACAACUUCGACCGCCACCAGAGACGCCGUGCCCACCACAGCCUAUGUGCCCCCAAAACCACAACCACCACCACCACCAAUCAAGCUGACCCUCCUAAAAUCCAUCCCUUCUCUCCCCUACAAGCAAAACUGGUCCGUCAACGUCCUGGCCGUGGUGAGCGCAAUCUCGGCCCUCGAGCCCGCGAGCCUGCCACCAACUUUUACCCAGCGACAAGUCCGCCUCGCGGACCCGACCACGCCGAAGCACGUCCUGCUCACCGUCUUCCUCGACCCGGAAGGAUUCACCCCCAGCGUGGGCAGCGUCGUGCUCCUGCUGGGAGUCAAGAACCACACCUUUGAUGGCGGCAGCUUGAAGAAGUAUGCUAGUGACCGCCCGAAGGCUGGCGCCAGCGGCGGCGGCGCCGGUAGUGGUGGAGAUCUCGCGAGAGUGCUGGCCACGGCAGAUUAUCAUGGCGGCGGUGCAAUCAAUGUGGAAGAGAGUAAGAAUCAUCAUGGUGGGAGCUGGUGGUUUGAGAAUCCCGUGCAGUUUGCCUGGUGUGAUGUUGCCGGGCUCAGGAAGUGGUGGGACACUCAUGGGCAGUUGGCGCAAGGAUAG